AUGGUACUCGAAAAAAGUCUACCAAUGACUGCAGGAGAUUCAGAAUGCAGUUAUGCCAAUAAUUCAAUCCUUCAGAGAAGAGUUAUAGUAAAGUCAAAACCUUUAUUAGAAGAAAGUGUAAAAAAUAUGUUGAAGAAUGGUAUUUUUCCAAAGUGUUUGAGAGUAGCAGAUCUGGGUUGUUCUUCAGGAGGAAAUACACUUUUAUGUAUGAGCAAUGUGAUUGAUACAGUUCAUAAUAUGUGCAAAGAGAACAAGUAUGAAUCACCAGAAUUUCAAGUGUAUUUGAAUGAUCUGCCAGAUAAUGAUUUCAAUACUGUCUUCAAAUCAAUUCCAUCAUUUCUUGAAAAAUAUGGGAAUUGUUACAUAGCAGGAGUUGCUGGUUCUUUUUAUCAAAGGCUUUUUCCUACAAACACCUUGAACUUUGUUCAUUCUUCUUAUAGUCUCCAUUGGCUCUCUCAGGUUCCAAAAGGGUUGGAGUGUAACAAAAAAAGUAUACUCAUAUCAGAAUCAAGUCCUCCACAAGUAGUGCAAGCAUAUUCCAAUCAAUUCAACAAGGAUUUUUCAAGCUUUCUACGCUUUCGUUCUCAAGAAGUAAUGAGUGGAGGGCAUAUGGUCCUUGUGUAUGUUGGCAGGAGCAAUCCAGAUCCAAGAAGCUAUGAUUCUUGCUGUUUGAUGGAUUUACUAGCAAACUCACUUCUUCAUUUAGCAGCCCAGGGCAAGAUUAAAGAGGAUAAAAUUGAUUCAUUUAACAUUCCUUCUUAUGCACCAUAUGAAGAAGAGAUAAAGAAGAUCAUACAAAUGGAAGGAUCAUUUAGUCUUGAAAAACUUGAAACAUUUGAGACUGAUAUGACUGCCAUUGACAAACCUUUUGAGGAUAUUGCCAACUUAGUAGUUAAGACUAUAAGAGCUGUUACUGAGGUUAUGUUGGCUUCUCAUUUUGGAAACUCCAUAAUUCAUCAUUUAUUCGACAUAUAUAUAAACGAUGUCACACAAUAUCUAUCCAUGGGCAAUACCAUCAAGUUCUUCAAUAUUUGUUUAUGUUUAAGGAAAAAAUAA